AUGAACGAACUACCGUCGGGCAUCAUAAAAGAAGUCUUCAAGUUCCUAACCUACAAAGAUGUGCUGAAAAACAAAAACUGUGUGUGCAAAGAAUUCUAUUGCGCAGGGAAGUAUAAUGAUUUGUGGAAGUGUUUCUACGGCAGGGAAUAUGCAGAUGACAUAAUCAAUAGAAAACAAAAUGAUCCCUUUAAGGAACUCUUUUAUAUAAGACAUGAGGAGAAAAAAAAUAAAUAUGUUUGUUUUCCAAAGUCUGCACAAGAACAGUUCUUAGAUAUGGAGGCAUCUUUACUUGCCUUGCGGGAUAGCUCCUUUGGACAGUUUGACAUUUCUCAUUUGUACGACCCCGGUCCUUUUAAGAUAGACAACGAGAUGUAUGCAAGGGAUUACGGAGGUGGUUCUUCAGCUGUGUCCCUUUAUUACACAGGAAGGAGGGGUCACCAUAGUUGUAUUUGCGAGGGGACCCCUCACGACAGCGGUAAUGACGUAGUAUUGAAUGGUAAGGAUACGUUACCCCUAUGUGAGCACACUCAUCAUGGAGGGAAGAUGACGAACCAGAGGAGCCAAUUGGCUUGCACCCCUCACGUGGAGGAGGGCCAGGUGACGAAAGAGGACCAUAUGGAGGACGAGGGCCAGAUGGAGGAGGACCAUAUGAAGAAGGAGGACCAUAUGAUGAACAAAAUCGGAGAAGAACCAAUUUGGAAUGACAAAAUAACACUGAAGGGGAGGGGGUUCUUCCAAGGAGAAGAAGAAGAAGAAGAAAAAAACAAAAACGGACACAUGUGUUCAUUCAAGCACUGCGAAUUUAAAUAUAUUCCAAAGAGCGAUGUGUACAUAUGCACUGAAAGCAAGAAUUAUCACAUAUGUGAUGAUAAAUGUGAGCUAGCCAUUUCUUCUGACAUAGAGUGGGGAUAUUUGGUAUGCCCCUUGUCUGGGAAAAUGUUUGAUUGUUUGUCACAACCACAAUGUAGAAAAAGCUUUAAGAGUGUAAAUUCUACCAUUAAAUACAUUUUGAAUUAUGACAUGGGAGCUGGUGGUGCCUUUCAAUACUUCUCUCCCCGGGAAGAAAAUGAUUCUGACGAUUUUUAUGCCCAAGAAAUGGAACCCUCCUUUGCAUACAGAAAAAGAUAUUCACAUAAACGUAUGGGUGAAAAUAGGGUUCAUGGGGGGAUACGCAAAAGGGGGAAAAAACAAAAUGAGAAAAAGCAAAGUGAGAAAAGGCAAAGUGAAAAAAAGCAAAGUGAAAAAAAGCAAAGUGAGAAAGAGCAAAGUGGGCGCAUUCCCCCUGCCAGUAAAAGUAGCGUCUUCAAAAAGAUACUCGAUUCGUACAUGGGAAGCACGCGGGGGUGCAGUUGGGGGCCCAUGCGCAAC